GCUUGGCCUGUUUCAGCUGUGUGGGUGCCGACGCCAACGUCACUACCGGGCACGGCACAGAGGAGCUCACCUGUGGCACGGCCAAGGGAUGCACAGGGAACGGGACACAGCUGCGGCGGCAGAGCCACUUCUCCCGGUGCCCAGAGGAGUACAGGCACUACUGCGUCAAAGGGAGGUGUCGCUUCCUCGUGGCUGAGGAGGCACCUGCUUGCAGGUGUGACCGAGGCUACACGGGGGCUCGCUGCGAGAGGGUGGAUCUGUUCUACCUGCGAGGGGACCAGGGCCAGAUCGUCAUCAUCUCUCUGAUUGCUGCCAUUGUCACCCUCAUCAUCCUC